AGGUGUAACUUGGUGUUGGAAAAAGCAAAAUCGAAAAUGUCGGAUCGACAGGAACCUCUUAAGCAGGAAGGGGAGUAUGCUUCUGACGUACAACAGUCUAGGGGACCAGCCUUCUCUAUCCAGCCUGAUGAUUCUGCUGAGAUUCAGCAGGGGAGACCUCCUAUGAUGGGGGGUCCAGCAAACUUUGACAAUGAUGCAUAUCCCUCCAAAGUGACAAGUUUUGCUUAUGGUGGGUCUGCAGAGGCUUCCAACCGUACUUUUGCUGUAUCAGCUUCGGGCCGAACUUUCCUGUUCAGCUUACAUCAACCGAUAUAUCGCGAUAUGGAAGACAAGACAGCACAAAUCUUCAAGUUCUUGAACAUGGUUUGUGCCCUUCUUAUGAUUGGUUGUGGUAUCUAUCGGUUCUUUGCAUCCUUCAGUGGCCGUAUGGUGGUGGAAAGUUGCGACAAUUCCAAGCUGCAAAGGCUACAGACUAAUAUAAAUUCCACAAAAUUAGACUGCAAUGCAAUCAAGGACAUCAUUUCAAUUCCUGCUGAUGGAUUCCAAAUCUUUGUCGUAUCCUGCUUCAUUAUUUUCUUUGGCGUCGUCAACUUCAUUGAUGAAGUCCGGGGUGAUUUGGUGGCUUGGAUUCUCCAGUACAUUGAUGCUGUGAACAAUAUCUUUGGCAGAGGCAUAUAUCUCCUUCUGCUAUCGUCAAUUGUCAUGACGUCUUCACAUUCUUUUCUGCUCGUUUGUGGAGCUUUUGCGAUGUCUCUUGCUUUUAUCUACCUGCUGGCAUGGUUUUUGAGCCGGUAUACUUCUCUGGGCGAAAGAGUCGGUGUGCAUCACUACGAUCAGCAUUCUGGACCGUCGAGCGACUCCGAGAACAAAGACAAUAUUUACACCGUUGCAGCUUGAGAGGCCACGAUAUAUUCAAGUGUCAUGAUACAGGAGUUCGUUUCAAUUCUUGAGGCUAUGUGAAUCCAUGUCUAUCAGCUGACAAAUGCGAUAAGUACGAUUGUACCAAAUUGAAGUAAAUUGUAAUCAAGCAGAA